AAAUACGCGGUUGCAUCCAGGUACCACAGUAGAGGUAGAUGAAGACUAUGUUGUACUUGCUGCUGUUUGUCCUCUUGCCUGUGACGCUGGCUUCCAACGGGGGUGCGGAUCUCACCCUCACUGCGGGGACUGGCGGGAGCGUGGUUGUCAACGCUGCAGUCGACAGGAUCAGAUCUAACUGCAUCCUCGGGGACGACCGACUCUUCCUGCGGCGUCUGGCCUACGUGGAGACAACCGACGGAGAAGAUCCUGAUACAUACAGGCCAGGCUAUGAUGGUGGACUGUGGCAGAUAGACGAGGACAAGUUCCUGGAAACCACGUCCUGUGCGUCCUCAAUAUCUGCUGAAUGCGCCUCAAUCCAGUCAGCUUUCAAGAUCGACUGGCGCAGUACAUCCUGGGCAGAUCUGAGAAAGCCUCUCUAUUCCGGUUUGGCAGCGGCACUGUAUAUAAAGAAGUACAACAGUCGCAGCCUUCCUGGUGACGUCACUAGCCAAGCCACGUUCUGGGCUUCGAACCUCAGACCAGGAGGAUCAAUGGAUGACUUCAUCGCUAAAGCUAAGGGACUGAAAGGCAUCGACUGCGGAACACAGCUUGAUCUCGCUUUCAUUCUGGAUGGUUCUGGGAGCGUCUCCACAAGUGACUUCAGGCGGAUGCUUGACUUCAUCGCUGACAUAGUGUCAGAGUUAGACAUAUCGGAGGAUGGCGUGAAGGUGUCAACUGUUGAAUAUGCUUCGAAUGUCGGCGGGGAUAUUCUCUUUAAAAGCUUUACCACCAAGGACAGUUUGUUAAACUCUAUAAGUACAAUUAGAAAGAGCGGCGGUGGCACCAACACUGCUGCAGCCAUCCUCCACACUGUCGACGUCCUGUUCAGCCCAGCAGCAGGUGCCCGGCCUAACGCCAAGCGGGUAGCCAUCCUCCUCACAGACGGCAGAUCCAGCAGUAAAACAGCCACCAUCAGCGCGGCCUCUAAAGCUAAAGACGACCGCAUAACAAUGAUAUCAGUUGGUAUUGGAAACAUUGAUGAAUCCGAGCUGAAGGCCGUGGCAACCGAACCUGACUGUACCCACGUCAUCAUCCUGAACGACUUCACAGAGAUUGACAGCCUGCUGUACCAACUGAAGGACAGCUCCUGUGGAGCGCCAACUGUUGUUGACAAAGUCACGCCUAUCGUGACGCCCCUGCCAGUGAACAUCACCGUAGACGACUCGUUUGUUGUUGAGGAGGACCCCGCAACCCCGGAUGACGGUGAUGACGAAGUUAUUGUUGGUGAGGUUAUCUGUGGCACCCUGGCAAUGUACGCCUCCUACAGCACCCCUCGUCCCGGUCCCGCCUUCUACGACUCCAAGGACAGCGCCAGUGAUGGCAAACCGGGAGUUAUAUACUUCAACAAGGCCAUGAAGGGGAGACCACUCUACAUUACUGUCAUAGGAAGUCGACUCCCUCUUACCGUUGAUCAAAUGCCUUCUUGCAUCAACGCAAGCUUUAGCGUGGGAAUUUCACAGCUGCCAUCAAAGGUGGAGGUCAUCUGUCGAGAGGGCCUGAUUGAGAGAGAGUGCACAAAGGAUGACCUGGAGGACAAUGGAUUCAGCUGUGAUGAAUCAUCUAACGUCAGCAACCCUUGCUCCCCUGGCAACAUCUGUGACCACGCCCAUCCCUCUGACUCCACCAAGUUCAUCCACUGCGACUCCCAGGGCAACAUGUACGUGACACAAUGUCCCGGCAAAACCCAGUACAACCCUGGCACAGUCAGUUGUGGGGCUGAACCAGUCCAGGGAGGGGUGUCCUGUGACGUAUCCAAUCCUUGCACACCAAAAAAUAUUGCCAAUGGUAAAUUCUACUUCCCCUACCCUCCCAACCCUUCCAAGUACAUCCAGUGUGAUACCUUCGGGAAGUCUUGGAUCAGGGACUGCCCCGCUGAUCUGGUGUGGAACUCUGCUCUCAACACUUGCUACUACAGCACGGGAUCAGCUCAGCAGCCGGCACAGGAACCGGCAAAGGAACCUUCUGGCCAUACUACCAGUGUUUCCCCACCUGCAGCUACGACCGACGCAAACCCUUGCAACAGCAACAACAACGGUCAAAUAUUCCCCCACACAGACCGCACCAAGUACAUCACGUGUACAAACAACGGCGUGGUCGUUGUCCAGUCGUGUGCGCCGCCCCUCGUGUACGACGAUACCAUCAAGACAUGCAACUGGGCUUAGCUGGCAAUGUUUGAACCCACGAGUAACCCUUCAGUUCUGUCAAUUAACGUGAUCAUCUAACAAUCUACUGUUCACCAUCAAACAC